CGUCGGCAGCUCGGGCAGCGAUGGUGGCGCGGCGGGCAUGGGCGCCCUGAGCGAGCGGCCGGCGCGCGGGCUCGCAUGGAGCGCAAGCGGUCCUCGCGACGUCGCCACGCGUCGCUGCCGCCCGAGAACAAGUGCAAGACGUGCUGCCGCCGGUUCACGGCCUUCCUGUUCUCGCACGUCGGGCUGUGCGCCCUGGUCGUGGGCUACAGCAUCCUGGGCGCCUUCGCGUUCCGCGCCCUCGAGGCCCCGUACGAGGUGGAGAAGGCGAGCCAGGUGAUCCUCAUGCGGGAGCAGACCGUGCGCCGGCUCUGGGAGAUCACGGACCGGUUCAACGUACUGUACCGCGAGAACUGGACAGCCGCCGUGUCCUCCGAGAUCCUGGACUUCCAGGGCCGCCUCAUCGCGGCCGUCAAGGACGGAUAUGACGGCAAGGAGAUCGGCACCGGGCAGCAGUGGUCCUUCUCAGGGGCCUUCCUCUACUCGCUCACCGUCAUCACCACCAUCGGUUACGGCAACAUCGCACCACGGACCAACUGGGGCAAGAUGGUGACCAUCCUGUACGCCAUCGUGGGCAUCCCGCUUAUGCUGCUCUACCUGACCAACAUCGGCGACAUCCUGGCCAAGGCCUUCCGCUACGUGUACGGCAAGCUGUGCACCUGCAGGCCGGCCCAGCACCCGCAGCGCCGCCGCCGGCAGCCGCUGCCACUGCACAACCACCUACAGCGCAACGCGGCCGUCGAAAACUACCGCGUCCACCACAUCGUCGGCCACAACUCGGUGGACCUGCAGGACGGCAAGCUCCGGGACGACCCCGUGCGCGUGGAGAGCCUCGCCGACGACGACGUGUACGAGGGCGGCGCCAAGCCCCGCGUUUCGGUGCCAAUCACCCUCUGCUUCGUCAUCAUGAUCGGUUACAUCUCGGGCGGAGCUGUCAUCUUCAGCCUCUGGGAAGGCUGGGAGUUCCUCGACGGCUCCUACUUCUGCUUCGUCACGCUCAGCACCAUUGGCUUCGGAGACCUGGUGCCAGGGGACACCGUGGUCUCGGACAGCGGGUCCCAGGAGAAGCUGGUCAUCUGCUCGCUCUACCUGCUUGUCGGCAUGGCCUUGAUCGCCAUGUGCUUCAACCUCAUGCAGGAGGAGGUCAUCUACAAAGUGCGGAACUGCGGCAAGCGCAUCGGUAUCAUCAAGGACGCCGACGACGACGAAAACUUUUCUUGAGGCUCGGCGCACGCGUCGCCUUCGGUGGAACUGUGCGUGUGUGUGCUCUUCCUUCUUUUUUUUUAAGAUGAAUGUUGGGGGUAUGCCCCGUGGGACGGUGCUAAUCCCGCGAGAGCGGCUCACGUAUACAUAACUUGAUGCUAUACAUCUCCGCGUUACGGCAAACGUUUUCCCAGCUGUGCUGAAAGAGGAGUUGGGCGAAAGAUUAGGUAUUUAGGUAUACUGAGAAGAACCUUCGGUAUGUGGUGCCUGAGACGUGUCACCAACCGAUCUGUUUGAUCGCAUCUUUAUUUUGACAUUCGUUCUGAAGCAGCCGUCCAGUUGACGGAAACUCCGGGAGAAAGAAGUUGGGAUGGACGACUGCGUACAACUGAAUCUUUUACGUGGGCGGUGGCUUGUGCCACCUAGCAGUGCUUUUGAUAUCAGCGGGUAAUUUCCACCUACUAUACAAAACAUUGAAGUUAAGCCUUCCAAUAGUAAUACUGCUCUCCGAAUGCCUCGCGACAACGGCGAUGCCCGUGGCGGCUCGUCUUCCUUCGCCGUCUCCCCUACAACCAACUGCCAGGCACGCAACAACCGUAGAGGUACAUGGCUCCUCCUGCGGUGCCUUUUGUCAACAUUUUGGGGCACGCACCGUUAAAUGGCCUCGUAUACACCUUUCCGUGUCUGCCCGGGCACAAAAUGGCGAGUCACUGCGAUGUGAACGCAUGCGCGGCGUCAAAUACCCCGCAGAAGGGAGUUAUACUUUUUAUUCCCGAGCCACAGCUCGGGAAUAAAAAGAUGGCCGCGCGCAGAAAGCGGUUGCGGGAAUGGUCUAUACGGACAAAUCCUUCUGCGCCCUUCCAUCUUUGUCAGCUGGGCUGCGGAAGACGGCGCGCAUGCGUCCAUGGCCAAUACCACCUAGAGGACAAGGCCCACGCAUCAUGUCACUGUUAGUGGACCCCCGCCCCGCCCUAAGCGGCAUACACGCCGAAGCUCGACGAGAAUUACCGUAAAGCGGUAAACGCGUCCGUCUUGGCGUCUCCGCCUGCUAGCGUCGCGCUUCUUGUGAGACGCUGCGUGAUCGCGCUCUAGGUGAUAUAUCGCUAUAACCCAGUGACUCAGCAUUUUUUUGCCUGGACGGUAAACGCUGGAAAGGUGUUUGGAACACUGCUAAAACGAACCAAACGGGGACGCGUUCCACGCUCAGUACUCUGUUUUGACAUCUCUCCCACCGGCUGAGAAGUCCGAAGUUGACUCAGGUAUUGGAGCUCUUUUAGGACACAGUCAACAAGCAAAACCAAAACAAAACAAAAGCGAGAGGGAGCAGCGUGACAACUCACGAACGCACGAGAUAUAAGUGUUUGUGCAUUUUCUUUUAUAUGGAAUUGCUGAAGGACUCAUAUUUACAGCAGGACCAGCUCUAAGUAAUGAGGUCCUACCUGACCCCGACAAGAUAAAAAGUUGGGAGCAUUAAAAGAACAAUGCCAUCGAUAUAUAAAAUGCAGCGCGGCAGCGCUAUGUAGCCUAAUUACCUUACUCGCCCAAAGGCGAACGUUUUUUUUUAAUCUUUUUUUUUUUUGAAGAUAUCGAAGCACUUCAUUUUUUAUAACGUAAUUAGAAAUUUAAAGCAGGGUGAAGACGAAGAUUGUGUAGAUUACUCCUUCCCCAUUAGCACUGAAUAAGAAACCAAAAACUUAACUGAAAUAAAACGACUUGCGUGCCAAAUUUUAUUCAUUGUCGAUCGAAAUGUAAGAAAAUUAAUGGAGGUAAAUAAAAAAAAAAACUGCUUGCGGUUAAACGAGGAAUUUAAUAUUAGAUUAUUUGUUUAAUAUGUUAGUUAUGGUCGUAUAUCAUUAAAAACGUUCGGCAUUCCAGGACAAGAUGAGUUUUCAAUUUCGUGGAAAUUUCUUGUGUUUUUUUUUUUCAGAAAAUACAGAAAAAACAUUUGUCAGAGGUGUUUUUAUUUUGUAACUUUACUAGUCUGGUGGUGCUUUUUAUAUUGAUGGUGGUGCAGCAUCGACCACUUUAUCUGCCGUCUGUCGGAUUGCCGCCCACCUCAAGGUUCCAUAGCGAGAGACCGCUUUUUAUUCUUCUCUUUUUUAUGAACGAAGAUCUAGGAGUUUUUAAUCAGCCUCGCCUCCACAAAAUCGCUAUCUCCGCGUUUGCUGGUUACACAGAAAUCGAUCGAGGUUCGGAAUCCAGCAAAUAAGCCGAAUAAAAAAAAGAAAGACGCGCGUGCAUUUAUGAUGAACGCUACAAUGUUUUCUUACUCUGAACUUUGGCAAUACUAGCGCAGUCAUUAAAACGACGAUUAUCUCUUUCUAUAAGUGCAGGGCUUUCCAAAAGUUAGUGAAAACAACCGUUAAACCAGCUCGCUUGACCGGAAGAUAUGUCCGCGUGUGUUCGCUUUCCCCGCAGUGCUCUUUGACUGAAAGCCAAUAAUCGCAAUCUACGGAGGGAGAUCGGUCAAUCAGGUGGGCAAAAAAAUGUUAAGUCCUAAAAGUAGGGGUUUCGAAUCGAACAACGGAUUGUCAUUUCUAGCUUCAACGUCGUAAAGAGAGCAGAGAUCCCGUCGUGGUCUUAUCCUCACUCUAUAAACGCUUUGAAGGACGCAGAGCUAUUCGACACUGCGACGUUUAUGAAUGGAUCAGAGCUUCACAUAAUCACCACUAUGAAUAAAACAGGUAUAUCGUUCUCUCACACUGCGAAAGCUAUAAAUGACGCAGAGGUAUUUGACUCUGCGAAACCCAUGAAUAACUCAGAGCCAUUCGACACGGGGAAGGCUAUCAAUGACGCAGAGCUAUUUAACACUGCGAAACCGAAUAAUGGCUAAGGGCUACUCGACACGGGGAAGGCUAUAAAGACGCAAAGCUAUUUGACAUUGCGAGACCUAUUAAUAACUUGCAGCUCUUCGAGACGAGGAAGGCUAUGCAUGACGCAGAACUAUUUGAAACAGCGAAACCCAUGAAUGACUCAGAGCUAUUUGACACGGGGCAAGGCUAUGAAUGAUGCAGAGCUAUUUGAGACUGCGAAACCUAUGAAUGACUAAGGGCUAGUUGAUACGGGGAAGGCUAUGAAUGACCCAGAGCUAUUUGACGCAGUGAAACCUAUUAUGACCCACAAAUCUUCGACACGGAGAAGGCCAUGAAUGACGCAGAGCUAUUUGACACUGCAAAACCUAUUAAAUGACUAAGGGCUAGUUGAUACGGGGAAGGCUAUGAAUAACGCAGAGCUAUUUGACGCAGCGAAACCUAUUAUGACUCACAGCUCUUCGACACGAGAAGGCCAAGAAUGACGCAGGGCUAUUUGACACUGCGAAGCCUAUUAAUGACUCACAGCUCUUUGACAUGGGGAAGGCCAUGAAUGACGCAGAGCUAUUUUACACUGCGAAACCUACGAAUGACUUAGGGCUAUUCGACACGGGAGAAGGCUAUUAUUGACGCAGAGCUAUUUGACACUGCGAAACCUAUGAAUGAGUCAGAGCUAUUCGACACGGGGGAAGGCUAUAAAUAUUGUGACGCAGAGCUAUCUGACACUGCGAAACUUCUGAAUGACUCAAAGCUAUUCGACACGGGGAAGAUUAUGAAUGAUGCAGAGCUAUUUGACAUUACAAAAUCUAUGAAUGACGAAGGGCCAUUCGACACAGGGAAGGCUAUAAAGGAUGCAGCGCUAUUUGGCACUGCAAAACCUAUUAAUGACUCAGAGCUAUUAGACACGGGGAAGGCCGUGCAUGAUGGUGAGCUUUUUGACACUGCGAAAUCUAUGUCUCCCUCGGAGCUAUUCGACCCGGGGAAGGCUAUGAAUGACGCUGAGUAAUUCGAUUCGUACGCAAGCACGGUGUGAGCAUAUGUGACAUGAUCUCACAUGGCUGACUUAAUUUUUUUAGGUCUCAACGUAUUUUGCGUCCUCGUCAUUAACCGCUCUCCCUCCGAAGAUCGCUGCUUUGCAAGUGCGCUGCGAAAAGUAGACGCACGUGCAAGUUUAGAGAAUAAACCGAGAGAUUAAAGUAUUCAGCUCCUUAUUUAGUAGGUACGGAAACAUCAAUUAAACAAGCUGUUUCCGGCAGCUGAGGCGUCAAGGUUAUCAGCGACUCGCAGGUUUUUUUAAACGUCGUCACUAGAAUGUUUUCCCAUUGUUCUAAUUACCCGAGUUUCAUAACUUCCCUGCCACAACCACCAAAAUAAAAAUUCUUCGAAACUUCCCGUGCGGUUUAUUUGCUUUCAAAGCACUCGGGAAGUCAAUCAUCGCAAACUAUACAAAAGGGCUCAGCAUAUGGCAAAACUAGCCUAGCAAAAAAAAAAAGUUUUUUUUUUUUUUUUUUUUAAUGAAGUGAAUGAAAGGGCGCAAACGAACUGUUUUAGAUUGAACAUGACAUAAACCCCGAGGCAAUUUCUUUGUCGCGUAAUGAAGUCUGCUCAUGACACUGAUUAUAGUGUUUUACAUGUGACAUGCCUCUUCAGCGCUACGAGUCGAACACCACUUUACGGUCAAAAAAAUUUUUUUCUGACCCGCUCGGUCACUUUUGUUUUUCCGUCGAUGGUAGCGAGCGUGUUGCGGCAAAGUAAAGGGGCAGGCAUAUUUUUGCGUUAGGUUGAAGCGAGCGUCACUCACUACUUGGGGAAACCAAAAAUUAACAUUUUUAUAUUCCCCCUUCAACACGCUUGUGCCAUCUGGGAUUUCGCAAGCAAUAUAUACCACUCCGAUUGGGGCCUACUGAAUACUAGCAGAGCUCUAGUUCCGAGUUGAACAAAAUUUCCUUACGUAGUCUCUGAUCAGGAUUCGCACGUUGCGCCGGUGACUAAUAGGGCGGCCGUCCUGCCUUGACUUGGACGCCUUUCGACAUGGAGCUGCAGCGCGCCCGCCUAAUUGCCUCUUCGGUGGUGCCGGACGCUUCGAUAGAAGAUUAAGCUCGCAGCCUCCAUCCCUCCUCGUGUCACCGUAUUGCUUGAGCAACCGGAUCGUUAAUAAAUGAGACGCCGGUGCAUCGAGUAGCUUCGAAGUCUGCUCACUCAUCUAGUAUUCCGCUAAAUGCAGAAUGCGCACCAUUAGUGACCGGGAGUUUCUUAGAAAAAAAAAAGAAAAGAGGGAAAAACUUGCGAGCAGUAUAAAUGCGCAGACAAGCUACUCGUACAUUUUCAUUAUUAAAAAGGUAAGACACACAAAAAGAGCAAACUGGGAGAUUGUUAAAAGAGAAAGAGCUUGCAUCCUCGCUUCAUUUUUGUGGAUUUUAGUUAUUGAUAAGCUACGGUACAACCUUUUUUUCUUCUUCUCAUUUUUGUAGUUCAUUAAUAUUCCAAUUUGUAACCGGUACUGCAUGUAGUAGUAGUAGUAGUGCUGCCCCUCAAUGCACUCGGACAUCAAUCAUGGGUCAGUUUUAAAUCGGUCUAGAGCCAAUAGGAAGGGCGAUCGGUUUUGCGUGCCCCACUGGCUACUUCUCAAUGACAAAAAGGCGUUCACGAAUUUCGCCCCCCGGCUUGCUUUGUUUGCUCUAUUUGCUUUGUUUUAUUAGUCUUUAUUAGGUGCUACUAAUCUGAAUGUCUCAUUUUCUUUCGUCCCUUUAAAAUGGUUCAUAUGUAUAUAUGAACAUUGCUCUAUAUAUUAAAAUUGUCUUCGAGGAAUCUCUAAUUUGCGCGAAAGGCUCAACUCCACUCCCGUGAUUUCCUCCUAUUCUCUACUUGGAUCGUAAUAUAUCGCUCUUACCAGAACCACCAAUGGCCGUCCCUAACUUUGUACCGCUUGCCUAAAGUUUGCUUAAGUAUAUAUUUGUGAACGUUCUUAGUAUAUUGCAAUCGUGUUUUCAGGCUUUUUAGGUUUUUUGUUUCCCACUUCCCCUCGUGUAAUAUACAUUCCUAGGAAUGUCCUUGACGGCAAUGAACUCCACCGUGAGACCGCAUGGCUAUCGAAGCAUACGACACCGGUCCCUUCUCCCGUAUAUGUCUAGCCGAUUACAGGAGAGCCAGCGAUUGGCGUUUCUAGCACAAGAGCUUCUAGUCUCUGAUGGCUUAAAAGAAGCGCAGGGUGUGGCCUAUUAUGUUCGCAUUUCUUCGCGAUUCGUUCUUUCGGCCUCCUGAUCGGCUAAUAUCGCAAUCUCAUUGACUGAGGAGCGACUAGAAGAUCCUCAAACCUCUCCAAGCUCUGCUUUUCUUAGGACCUCAGAGACUCUAUAUGCGGAGCUCAAGUCCGUCUGCUCGUCUGCUUCUUGCACAGGGGUUGCAGUGACUUCAGAACGCCGAGCUGUGAUUGGCCCUGAGUAGAAGGAUAGUAGGUAGACCUCAAAGCAGCUAGCAUUGAGGACUACCCACUAUUCUUCUAAUGGGAUCCAAUCAGAGCUCGGCGUUUUGAUGUCAGCGCAACCCCUGCGUACGAAGCAGACGAACUUGCGCUCCGCGCAUAGAGUGUAUAAUCGGGGAUCUGCUGACUCCAUCGGCCGACAGAUCUUGAAAACGCUGCGCAAUACCACGUCGAGCUACUCAGCCUUUUUUUUGAACAUGACAAACAAAAGUCUUCAAUCUUCAAUUUUGCUUUUUUUUUUCUAGAGAACUUGAUUUACAUAUAGAACAAAUGUAUAGACCUUUGCAUCGCUCACCCCCCCCCCCCCCCCCCCUUCCCCCGGGCUGGCGAAAAAUGCUGAGUCACUGAGCUGUGGACGCACGCGCAGCGUCCGAUCUACCGCGCAGCAGAGCAACAGCGCAUGCUCAGAAGAUGUUCCACAGCCCAGCAGACAAAGAUGGCAGCUCGCAGAAGGGAAUUUUUUUGCAAAGGUCUAUUAUACUCGAGCGAAACUUAUAAGACUUCCAACCUUGAUGUGUCAGAGACGUCAGACUCAAAGAAAUGUUGUCUGAACAUCGGAGGCUUGUCGCCAAACGAAGCGCUGCUGCAGUGUGUUGUUGCAGCGCGAACUUACCGCUCCAGUGAUGCACAUUGCGCCGAGUGUGAUAUACUGUAUAGACAAAGAAGACCUCUCAUAUAGUGGCAAUGACGUCGAAAUGAACAAGAACCUAUAUACAAUUUUUCUUUUCGCCGAGAAGGUGGUGCGAGAGUCACUGCCCUUACCCUGCGUGCGAACGAGUACGUAUAUACGGGAAAACAUUUUUAAAGUGUUUUGUAAAAAAGAAAACAAACAAAAAAGACUACUAGGUUAUAUGUCGGGUGGUAGCAAAUAUUCGUUUUGUUGAGGCUUAUUCGUACGAGUAAUAUACGAUGCCCUUGUCCUGCGGAGCACAGCUGGCCUAACACAAACCGGCCCUCAAUGGCCUCACUGAAUAUGGGCCCGAGUGAGGCGUUCAAGAAGCGCGUCUUCCGGGGUUUCGCGCGAAGAUAUGUGCACGUAUCUUCUUCAAAUAAGGGGCUUCGUCCUGCGUAGUCAUUUGUACAUGUAUAAAACAGUGCGGUUUGAUAAAGCUGUUGAGCAAGACUCGUCA